ACAGACCCUUUAUGUUUAUGGUAUUGUUCGGUUGUUGUCUCUCUGCGCAUUGAGUGAUUGAGAUACAGACACAUAAUACGUGACAUGUGAUGUUAGGUUAUUUGAAAUAUCUGAAAAUAUUUAAAAAUACGAUUGUACUACAUCCUGAUGCCAUGCUCGCGUUAAGAGAUUAUGGUAGCAGCGACGACGGUAGUGAUGAGCCUGGCAGUGAAAAAUCUUUUGCAAGUAUCGAAGGUGAAGAAGUAAAGCGCAGCAUGGACGUAAAUUUUGCAUCUAAACCGUUUGUCGUUGACAAGUUACAAAUUCCCAUUAAUUUGCAACUUUGUUCUGCGCCUGAGGUUGUGCCUACCGGGACAGAGUUAUGCGUGAGGCAUGUAGACUCCACCACAAAGGAAGUUAUGCACAAUCCAAAGUUUGAGGAACUUUUUACACCAGAUGUUGGGCCAGAAAAUCCAUUCAAGACUCAACAGCAGCGAGCUGCGAAAAAUAUGCUUUCUGGAUAUGUGGAACGCGCACACAUUAGUGAAUUCCAGUUUGAAAAUCAGAGGAGGACAUUUGCUAGUUAUGGAUACGCGCUGGACCCAACAGUAGAUGGUAGUGCGGAUGAGGGUAAAAUUAUAAUCGGCGCAAAAGAAGCAGCUGAAGAAUCUGGUGGCAAGACUGUUUUCGAGAAUACUGCAUUGAGGCCAUCAGACAAAAGAAAGCGACAAAGAAAUAAUGAUCCCUCAGAUAUAGAGGGUUUUCUGGGACCAUGGGGUGGAUAUGUGGAUGAGAAGCGAGUCGUGAAACCGAGCGAAGAGGAAGCAGCCGAGUUGGAGGAAAUAUUGGCUAAACGGAAUAAACGGGGGAAGCAAAUGGAAGAGAAGCCAUUGGAAGAAAAGACCGUGUUACAUAUCAAAGACAGCGUGGAUUAUCAGGGACGUUCGUUCUUGCACGCGCCACAGGAUGUUGGUGUAAACUUGAGGUCGGAAUCGCCACCUGACCGCUGCUUCCUGCCAAAAGCGCAAAUCCACACGUGGGAGGGCCAUACGAAGGGCAUCUCGCAGAUCCGUUGGUUCCCUCGUACUGCGCACUUGUUAUUGUCUUGCAGUAUGGACUGCAGAGUGAAGUUGUGGGAAGUGUACAAAGACAGGAGAUGUGUCCGUACAUAUUACGGACAUCGGCAAGCAGUGCGUGACAUCAGUUUCGACAACGACGGCAAACGGUUCUUGUCCGCGGCGUAUGACCGCUAUGUGAAAUUGUGGGACACCGAAACGGGAGCCUGCAUCAGUCGCUUCACGAGCAGGAAGAUCCCGUAUUGCGCCAAGUUCAAUCCUGAUCCAGAUAAGCAACAUCUCUUCGUGGCUGGUACUAGCGAUAAAAAAAUCAUUUGUUGGGAUAUACGUUCCGGUGAGGUAACACAGGAGUACGACAGGCAUUUAGGCGCCGUGAACACCAUCACGUUCGUGGAUGAAAAUCGCAGAUUCGUGACCACGUCGGACGACAAGAGUCUUCGCGUUUGGGAAUGGGACAUUCCGGUCGACAUGAAAUAUAUCGCCGAUCCGUCGAUGCACUCGAUGCCGGCAGUGACACCAUCGCGUAACCAAAAGUGGCUUGCGUGCCAGAGUAUGGACAACAAAAUCGUCAUAUUCUCGGCGUUGAAUCGAUUCAAAAUGAAUCGGAAAAAGACCUUCACGGGGCACAUGGUCGCUGGAUACGCUUGCGGCUUGGAUUUCUCUCCAGAUAUGAGCUAUUUGGUAUCGGGUGAUGCGGAUGGCAAAUGUUACAUAUGGGACUGGAAAACCACGAAAUUGUAUAAAAAAUGGAAGGCGCAUGACGGAGUGUGCAUCGACGUGCUGUGGCAUCCGCACGAGCCCUCCAGACUCGCCACGGCCGGAUGGGAUGGCAAAAUCAAGUACUGGGAUUAAACAACUGGUUCCAGCAUUGUGUAUAUAUUUGGUGUGUCUUCGAAGGAGGAUACGGAUAUUGUAAAAAGAAAUAUAUAAAUUACAAACUUCUUUUUAUGGAAUAUAAAGUAUGAGAUUAUUUUAAAUGAUGAGUCCAU